AUGCCAGUCCAAGUCAAUGCAAAAGCCCUGCUCUAUUUUGUGUUUAUUCUGGGAGGAGCCAUAUCCUUGAUCCUAGGAGCGUUGUCGUGGUCUCGUACAGCCGCCGUGUGCCUUCCCUUACCAACAUGGGUUCCAGCCAUCGCGACCCUGAUAUCUCCAAUCACAGUCCUUACGCUGAUAGCCGCACGAUAUCUCUCCCGACCCUCAAACAAUGAAACUCAGCCCCAUCGAUGGAGCACAAUAUCCAGUAUUCUCAAUCAGAUUCAAACCAUCAUAUUAACUAUCGUGGCCACAGUAGCACUUGCCUACAUCUUCCCCGAUAAGAUCCUCUCCUGUAAUCUGGAUCAACAAUGGCAGGCAUUCUUUCACUCCAAGAAUUCAAACGCGAUCCGCUCAAUUCAAGAUGAGUUCCGAUGCUGCGGACUGAGAAGUAUUCAUGACAGGGCCUGGCCCUUCAAAGACCGGAAUUACGGGGACAACGCGUGUGAGUUACAGCUGGGAUAUCAGAGGAGCUGCUUCGCUCCUUGGAGGGAGCACCAGCAGCGUACGUCUUGGAUGGUAGUUGCUGCGGCUGUUUUUGUUAUCGUGGCCAAGAUCGCUUUCUUUCAGAUUUUUGCUCAACGGACGAGUUGGAUGAGUGGGCAGUCUGGGAGCACGAGGCCUGAUUACCAGCGGAUUUCGCACGCGGGGGUACAGGAUGAAGAGAACGAGGGUAAUGGUGGCGACGAGGAGGCGCAGAGAACAUUCUUACCCCAGUCGAAUACCCAAAGUCGAAACAAUUGGGAAACAUAG